AUGAAUCGAACUCAUGUUCAUCUUCUUGAUCUGUCAGAUCAGAUUUUACUUACAAUUUUGAAAAAGCUUGAAAACAUUGAUGUUCUCUAUUCAUUACUGGAUAUUAAUAAUGAACGACUUGACAAUCUAGCACAAAAUACGAUUUUCACAAAUACUCUCAAUUUUCUAUUAAUAUCCUCAACUGAUCAUAUUUCGUCAAUUAAUCUUCAAAUACUUGAUCGUCUUUGUAAUUAUGUAUUACCUCGAAUCUAUUCUAAUGUAAAAUGUCUUAUUGUUGAACCAUUGUCAAUGGAGCGUAUUCUUCUUGCUUCUUCUCAUUAUUCAAAUUUAACUGAAUUGAAACUUUUUAAUUUUGAGCGAAGAACUGCUUUACAUUAUUUCACAGGUAAUCAUUUAGCAUUUUUUUUUUAA